UCAAACAGUAAUCAUGGUGAUAUGAUUUUGGCGGGAUUACAAAUACUGUAUGAAUCGGGAGAACUAACUGACGUGACAUUACAAUCUCCAGAUUCACAACUCUGUUGUCAUAGAAACGUCUUAGCUGCAUGUAGUCCGUAUUUCAGAGCCAUGUUUACCAUGAAACUAAGAGAAACUGUGGAACAGACAGUAGAACUUCACGAUAUUGGUCCUGGCAUACUGCCAAAUAUUGUCCGCUUCAUCUACACUGGACAAGUGAGCAUAAACCACUCGAAUAUCCAGUCACUUUUGAUAGCAGCUAAUAUGCUGCAGUUGGAUUCCCUGUCAAAAUUGUGUAUUGAUUACGCAUCUUCGAAACUUGAUAUCGAAAACUGUGUGGACGUUUAUAACUUGGCGGACUUCGUUAACUUAAGCGACCUUAAAGCCUUGUCGAAAAAGUUUAUUUAUGAAAAUUUUGAUAAAAUCAGCGAGACAAACGCUUUGUGUAAUGCCUCGUCAAAUUUUAUGAUCGAAAUGCUCUCUAGCAAUGACAUAAUCACAGAAAAAGAAGAAACUGUCUACAAUCUUUUAGAAAAAUGGAUCGUGUGCGAUCACGACAAACGAUCCACGUUUUUCCCGCUCUUAUUUCAAUAUGUCCGUCUGCCCUUAUUGGAUGGGUCAUUCAUCUCAAAAACUCUUGCCUGCAGCGAGUUAGUUACAUCGAACGAACGCUGUUGCGAAUUGCUUAAUUUAGCAACACAUGCAAAGGGAGAUGGCAACUCAAAUCAGAAUGCCGAGUUACGAAAGGGUAUGUGCAACAGACCUUUACUCAUAUUUUCAGGGGGUUCAAUUUCAGAGCGCUCCCGCUCCUUUACGUGCUUUGACACUGAAACACACAAAAGUUACAUUGGUGUAGAACAGCACCCUACUUUCGAUGCCAAGUUUAAAAUCGAACAUUUUCAACUGAUAGUAGGAACAGACAACUCCAUACUAUUCCUUGGUGGCGCUUGGAAAGAGGCACUUCAAUUUGAAGGCAUUGAAGCGCUAAACGACGUUUUGAAAUAUUCUCAAAGAGACCGGAAGUGGAUAUAUUGUGCACCGAUGACGCAUGGUAGAUGUUCCUUUGCGUGUUGUGCGUACGAAGAUCGGAUUUACGUUUUCGGAGGAAAGGACAGACGUCAUAACGGACAUGUUCUCGACCAGUCGGAGUUUUAUGCCGUGGAAUCUGACCACUGGCAAACGAUUCAGUCCAUGCCUGUUGGAAUCAGUCACCAAGCCGUGACCGUAUGGAAAAAUUAUAUUUACACCUUUGGGGGUAUCGACGAUGAAAAUGCUUAUUUAAACACAGUGCUUGUGUACUCUGUUUUUAGGGAUACAUGGUCAUUAGUGCCGACCGAACUGUCGCGUCCAAGAGCAGACUGCCAGGCGUUCACCUUCAAAGACACUAUCUUUGUAUUAGGCGGCGCAGACAAGCAUGAAAAUCAGACUAAUAUCGAUGUAUAUGACCCAGAAAAAAAUCGGUGGAGCGAGGGACAAAUUUUCCCAGACGAUCGAAAAAUCAUGGCGAUUACUAAAUACAAGGACGCGAUAUAUGUGUGU